CUGGGCCUUGAUUUCUCUCACACUUUCAGCCCAGUCGUCAAAGCAGCCACUGUCCGGGUUAUUUUAGCUCUCUCAGUGCAUUCCAAAUGGGACCUUCAUCAACUGGAUGUAAAUAACGUUUUUCUCAAUGGAGUUCUUCAUCAACCACUUUAUAUGGCCCAACCCCCCGGGUUUGUUAAUCCUCAAUUUCCCAACCAUGUAUGCCGCUUAAAAAAGGCACUAUACGGGCUCCGGCAAGCCCCAUUGGCUUGAUUUCGCCGCUUUAGUGAUUUUCUCUUCCGCCUUGGCUUCCAGCAAAGUCGUUCGGAUUCUUCUCUAUUUUUCUACACAAGGCUUCAUCGGUUAUCUACCUAUUACUCUAUGUUGAUGACAUCAUUGUCACGGGCAAUAAUCCUGAGCUACUUCAAAGGUUCAUUUCUCACACUCACAAGGAAUUCUCCAUUAAAGACCUUGGCAAACUCAAUUAUUUCUUGGGGCUGGAAGUUUCUCACAUUCCCACAGGUUUAUUUGUUGGUCAGUCCAAAUAUGCUCAUGAUAUUCUGGAACGUGUGGAUUUGCUAGUUGCUAAACAUGUCUUCACUCCCUUAAUACCAGGUAUCUCCCUCAUCAGUGCUGGCCAACCAUUUUCUGAUCCCACACUUUAUCGAUUUAUUGUGGGCGAGCUUCAAUAUCUCACUAUCACUCGCCCAGACUUAUCUUUCGCUGUAAACUCUGUUAGUCAAUUCUUACACUCACCUACGGAGGACCAUUUUCUUGCCGUCAAGAGAAUACUUCGGUAUGUCAAAGGCACCAUUCAUCAUGGACUAUCUUUUGAUCGUCGUUCCUCUCAAUCCAUUACUGCAUACUCCGAUGCUGACAGGGCGCGAUGUGUUGAGACACGACGUUCCACCUUUGGUUAUUCAGUCUUUCUUGGUGGGAAUCUUGUCUCCUAGAGUGCUAAGAAAUAACCAACUGUUUCUAGAUCUAGUUGUGAAUCUGAACAGUGGCGGAGCCAGACAUUUAGGGUUAAAGGGGACGGUCUUUAAAAAUUUUACAUUGCAGAGGCCAAAGUUUAAAAUAUCAACAUACUUUUUACAAAUUAAAAGUAUUUAUAUAUAAUAUAUACUUAAAAAAAAUUCUUGCAGGGGCCAUUGCCACCUCCAGCCCCUCCCUGUCUCCACCCCUGAAUCUGUAUAUCGGGCUUUAGCAAAAUACUGCCUCCGAAGUCAUGUGGUUGGUUCAUUUACUCCGCGAACUUUGCAUUCCAAAUCCCACCCCACCUGUCAUUUUUUGUGAUAACAAAAGUGCGAUUUUUCUAUCUCAAAAUCCCAUUUCACAUAAGCGUGCCAAACACAUUGAUAUUGACUUUCACUUUGUCCGCGAGUUGAUUUCUGCAGGCCGUCUUUCUACACAGUUUGUUCCCUCUCAUCUUCAACUAGCAGACAUCUUUACCAAAAGUCUUCCUCGAACGGCAUUUGAGUUUCUUCAAUCCAAGCUCUGCGUUCGCUUCAACCCCACGCAUCGCUUGAAGGGGGUAAUAAUGUUAAUUAAUGUUGUAAUUCACUCAAGUGUCUCCUAGAAUUUCCACAUGUAAUUACUCUUUAUAUUUAUCACCUUGUAAACAUGUAAUCUAUCUCUUUAUAUAAUGGAUUAUUCUCUCCUCAUUAUCAUUGAGG